UUUCUGUGAUGUUGUACUUCUAUUCUACUUUUAAAGGUUACUUGGAUCUUCAAUUUGAUCAAGAUAUUUUGCAUGGCAACGCCCAGUAACUCCUCCAUUGCUCCAGUCUCUGAAUUCCUCCUCGUCUGCUUCCCUAACUACCAGAGUUGGCAACAUUGGUUAUCGCUGCCCCUCAGCCUCCUCUUCCUUCUGGCCAUGGGGGCCAACGGCACCCUCCUGAUCACCAUCUGGCUGGAAGCCUCCCUGCAUGAACCCAUGUACUACCUGCUCAGCCUCCUCUCCCUGUUGGACAUUGUGCUCUGCCUCACUGUUAUCCCCAAGGUCUUGUCCAUCUUCUGGUUUGACAGCAGGUCCAUCCACUUCUCUGCCUGCUUCCUCCAGAUGUUCAUCAUGAACAGUUUCUUGACCAUGGAGUCUUGUACAUUCAUGGUCAUGGCCUAUGACCGCUAUGUUGCCAUCUGCCGCCCCCUUAGGUACCCAUCUAUUAUCACCAACCGAUUUGUGGCUCAGGCUGCCGUCUUUGUUGUGGCCCGGAAUGCCAUAUUUUCUCUUCCUGUUCCCAUUCUUUCUGCCAGACUCAGAUACUGUGAUAAGAAUAUCAUCAAAAACUGCAUUUGCACUAACUUGUCGGUGUCCAAACUUUCUUGUGAUGACAUUACGUUCAAUCGGCUGUAUCAGUUUGUGGCAGGCUGGACCCUGCUGGGCUCUGACCUCAUCCUUAUAAUUCUCUCCUACUUUUUUAUUCUGAAAGCUGUGCUAAGGGUCAAGGCUGAGGGAGCUGCAGCCAAGGCCCUGAGCACCUGUGGUUCUCACUUCAUCCUCAUCCUCUUCUUCAGCACAGUCCUGCUGGUGUUGGUUAUCACCAACAUUGCCAGAAAGAGAAUUCCCCCAGAUGUUCCAAUCUUACUCAACAUCCUGCACCAUCUAAUACCCCCAGCUCUGAACCCCAUUGUUUAUGGUGUGAGAACCAAGGAGAUCAAGCAGGGAAUCAAGAAGCUGCUGAGGAAGUUGUAA